UCAUGCAGAGCGGCCUCCAGGGGUCUCGCUCAAGGGGAGGCUUCGGAGAGCUGCGGAGCCGCUUGCCAUGGCUUGGAGAGGCUGGGGCAGGUUGUGGGGCCCGCUGAAGAGGAGCCCGGGACGGAAGCCGCCGUGGGGGCGGCGAGGAUUCGUCUCCUGCAUAGACCCCUCCGUAGGCUUGACCGAGGAGCAGAAGGAAUUCCAGAAAGUGGCCUUUGACUUUGCUGCCAAAGAAAUGGCCCCCCACAUGGCUGAGUGGGAUGAAAAGGAAAUAUUCCCCGUGGAAACCAUGCGGAAAGUAGCCCAGCUGGGCUUUGGUGGGAUUUACGUGAGGCCGGAUGUCGGGGGCUCCGGACUCUCCCGGCUCGACACUUCUGUCAUCUUUGAGGCUCUGUCCACGGGAUGUGUCAGUACCACAGCUUAUAUCAGCAUUCACAAUAUGUGCGCUUGGAUGAUCGACACUUUUGGCAACGAGGAGCAGAGGCACAAAUACUGUCCUUCACUGUGCAGCAUGGAAAAGCUCGCCUCGUACUGCCUGACUGAGCCAGGAAGUGGGAGUGAUGCUGCUUCUUUGCUAACUUCAGCCAAGAGGAAAGGCGACGAUUACAUCCUUAAUGGUUCCAAGGCCUUCAUCAGCGGUGGUGGCGACACAGACCUGUACGUGGUGAUGUGCCGUACGGGGGGGCCAGGUCCCAAGGGCAUCUCGUGCCUGGUGCUGGAGAGAGGGAUGCCGGGCUUGAGUUUUGGCAAAAAAGAGAAGAAGGUGGGCUGGAACUCACAGCCGACCCGAGCCGUGAUGUUUGAGGACUGCGUCGUUCCGGUGGCCAACCGGCUAGGAGAGGAAGGGCAGGGCUUCAACAUCGCCAUGAAAGGCCUAAAUGGAGGGAGGAUUAACAUUGCAUCUUGUUCUCUGGGUGCAGCUCAUGCCUCGGUUCUUUUGGCUCGGGACCAUCUGAAUGUCCGCAAGCAGUUUGGGGAGCCCCUGGCGAGCAAUCAGUACCUGCAGUUCCGGCUGGCCGAGAUGGCGACGCGCCUGGUGGCAUCGCGGCUGAUGGUGCGCAGUGCGGCCCAGGCGUUGCAGGAGGAGCGGGAGGAUGCCGUGGCUCUGUGCUCCAUGGCCAAGCUGUUUGCCACGGACGAGUGCUUUGCGAUCUGCAACCAGGCCCUGCAAAUGCACGGUGGCUACGGGUACCUGAAGGACUACGCAGUGCAGCAGUUUGUGCGAGACAUCCGAGUGCACCAGAUUUUGGAAGGCACCAAUGAAGUCAUGAGGAUGAUUGUGGCCAGGAGUCUACUGCAAGCGUGAUGUUUGGAGCUGGCCUUCAGACUCUCUGUGCUCCAGUAGCUGCACGUGGCUUUCAUGAUCAUGGGCCAGGAAGAAGACAGGGACGUGUGCUGGGGACAGCCUUCUUCUUGCCCAGCCCCUCCAGCCUAAGGUCCAAUGGACACAGCUAGACAUGCACCUUCCUGUGCCGGGCCAUGGUAAGAGUUUACCCCAGGAAGGCAAGAUGACUGACCUAAAUUGAACUCUUUGUGCCUGAAAUCCCAGCCUUAGGCCACAUGGCCUAUUCUGCUGUGGCUCCUGUGGAAAACAAAAGCAAUGCUGGUCGAAUUUGUCCAGCCUGGACCCUUGCCACCAUUCUGCAUCAGAGAUGAGUAUGGUCUUUGAUGGGACUGGAUGGCCAGUCCAUCUACACUUAUCCAUCCUGGGUUCUGUAUGGGCUGAGAAGAGGGUAAGCUUGUUAAAUCCACAUUUUCUGGAGAUUAUCCUGGGAGGAAGGCUCACAAAAUGAAAAAGACCUUUUAAGCUCUGCCUUUCCCCCCGCACAAGAUGCAUCUUCUCUUUUUAGGUCAAGUGGCAGGAACUGGGGAGGGUAGAUCCAUUUGCUGGCAGGCAGUCUGCCUCCAGCCCUAGUGAAAGGGCUGCCUUCCCACCAUGUGGUGCAAAUUAAUCUUAACAUCAGACUUGUUGGGUCCCAGCACAGAAGUCUUUUGAUGCACAAGAGACUCAGCCGCACAAAAUCCAACCAUCUAAUAAUGCAACAAAUCAGAGGUGCUGAUCUGGACUGUUUUUCUGUCUUUUUCUUGUCAAUGCCAGAAUCAAUAAAUACACAUUUUGA